AGAUGGCCACGCUGAGCCAUUCGACAAGGCAUACGACAGGAUUGUUGGGCUUAGAGCGCUGAUGGCAGACGACCGGUGCCGCGCUGAAUCAGAAUGACAUUGAAGCAGAUCAGAUCCAUGGAUGCAAACUCGCGCUCUUGAGCAGCCUCGCACAGUGGCCAUCCGGACGGCGGACAUAGGGAUACAUUCACGCGUCGAAAAGACUGGCAACGCCGUGAACUGCGCUCAGGACACGCGCCCCUUUCCCACCUAGGCAAAGUUGACUCGGCGCUGUGCUCUACAUGCGGCACUGGCAGAGAGAUAGCCACACGCUAUGUCCUCAAACGCUCGACUGGAAUGUGCCUUCCUCCAUCGAACCUGCAAGCGCGAUUUCUGCUUACAUACUCCGAAUCCCUGUGCCACCUUUUCUACCUCAAGGUAGUCUCGCAGUCCGGCGUUGUACCCUGCACGGACAUGUCCCGAUCCCCAAUGAAACCGGCUCUUUUGUCACCAUGCCCGUAGACAUCCUCAUCGGAGUCACCAACUUGACGAAGCUGCUUGUUGCACGUGCUCAUAAGCUCGCCAAGGAUUCCCGCCUCCUCGGCCUGAUGUCAAUACCAAGCUCGCCCGUCCAAGACAUUUCUACCACCAAAAUCUCCGCACAGGUGCUCGGGAACUUCGCACUGCUGAGACCCCCGCAAAGGUCACCGUUGGCAACGUCUACUAUGAGUCUAUGACGAAGAGCGCAAGUUUCCUAGCCCGCUCAGGCACAUUCGGCAAACCAUGGAGCAUCUCGUUAUACUCGGUCUCCGAGGCAUACUGGACGUCUACCAUAUUCAUUGCAUAACAAGGAGCACGUCACUUGAAUAGAUUAUGGGGCUCAGAUGCGGUGAUUGCUCAUCUGGAGUUCCUGAGCACGCGAUGAUGCAUCUCACACACAAAUACUAGCCAACGUAUGGCGGUAGAGGAAGGUGGAGGCGGCGUUCUGAGACAUGGAUGAUGAACGGAGAAAGUGUCGCAAGCUGAGGAUUCUCUAAGUACCUACAGCCGAUUGGUAGAUAAUGUUGAUGUGACUUGUUUCGACGAAA